AUGGCAGAUGAUCCCGAGUGGUUAAGAAAGAAGAAGCAGACUUUUGUAUUUUGCGGCCUUCUUUCUGGCGUGAUAACCAAGACAAUAUGCGCUCCCUUCGAUAGAAUCCGGCUGUUAUACCAAGUUCAACCCAUGUUUGGUCAGUAUCGCAAUGAAGGUUUAACAGGUGAAAAGAAGUACCGGGGAGUAAUUAGAACAGCACAACGAAUUUUCAAGGAAGAAGGGCUAAAGGGCCUUUGGAGAGGAAAUCUGGCAAAUACAAUAAGAGGUGGAAUCUGCUAUGCCACUAAAUUUGGAAUAAAUGACUCAACUCGAGAGUAUUUAAAGUCAAACUCAAUCUUACAGACAUGGAUGAGAAGUAGAGCAUUUUCGUCAUCAAACCAGAAAAGAGUAGAAUCGCAGAAUCAGGUUAUACUUUCACUGAUGGCUGGUGGAACAGCAGGCCUAGUUCAAAAGAGUUUUACAUAUCCACUGGACCUUUUAAGUGUCAGAAUGGCACUAGGAAUUAAUACAAAACAUCUCUCAACGUGUACUUAUACUGGGAUUUUUGAUUGUUUUUCUCAGAUAUUUAAGACUGAAGGUUUAAUGGGAUUUUACAAGGGUUUUAUCCCUACCAUGGUAACAGGGGUCCCUUAUGUAGCUCUACAGUUGUCGUUUUUUGAUUUUUAUCGCAAGAGACUCCAUGAUUUCCUGUCUAAAAAAGGCGAAAAACUUUCAAUGAAACAGAUCGCCUUUAUGUCAUCAAUUGCUGGCUCAGCUGCCGGAGCAUCAGCUCUAUUCAUUGUCUUUCCAGGAGAUACAGUUAGGAAAAGGAUGAUGAAUAAUGCAAUUUCUAGUGAAAAUAGAUUAUAUAGAGAUUCCAUAUAUUGUAUGAAAUUCAUAUUCAGAAAUGAAGGUAUACAUGUGUUAAUAAGGCUAAAUUUUGAUGGUAUAGGGAUUUUGGCGUUUUAUCAUGGAUUAUUUCCUUCCAUGUUGAAAUCAUUACCGUCUGGAGCGAUUCAGUUUUUAAUGUACGAGGUCCUCAAACACAUUGCCCAGAAUUUUUAA